AUGCCGUGGGCUGGUUGUAUGCAAAAUCCCAUGUUGGGACGCGCAUAUGGUCGUCAUAGACUUUCCAAAUUCCCUUCGGACUCGGCCAACCAACCACGCCGGCCCGGACCAGCCACCUUGAAAACCAAGACGCCAAAGGGAGUUGUAGCUGCACGUUGGAUCCUCAACAAUCUCAUCCCAAUUCAAGCUCCAUCCCUAGCUCCUCCCCCACCUGGUUCAGCGCAUUGUCUUACCGGAUCUGGAAAGAAGCUCUGUGUACAGGAUCCUCGCAAGCGCCACCACGUCCAUCUUACACCACAUUUGCACCACAGUCCGGCCGCACCCUUAGCAUCUUCAUUGCCUUCGUCUGGAAUCUCUGAACUUCAGAAAAGUCCGAGCCCCGAGCAAGAAAACAGCGCCUGGAAACACCAGCCGGAGCAACGUGCCCGCAAGACAACGACUAACCCGGAUUUCUAUCCCACUCCACUCGGGACAAUUCAUCAUUCCUCCCACCGGGAACUAGCCGACCGGCUUCCGUUAUUCUCUUGGGGUUACGGAUACAAAGUCCAGCCAGCAACGGGCGCAAGUUGUAACGCUGCAACGCCGACGUGGUGUCUCACCUCACCUUCUCUUCACCUUACUUGCCUACCACGCUUACCUACCUUCUUACUCGACGCUAACCUCUCCGUCAUAAUUGCGCUGACACCCGCCCGAUCUAAUCCCACCUCACCUUUCCUGCUUCUCACACACGCCCCAAGGAACAGCUUGCAAUCUGGCCUGCUUCGGAGUCGGACGGACUCUAGACAGGGCGAGCGCCGCUGGCAGGAGCCGCCCCAAGACAAGCCUCAAUUCUUAUCAACCCUCACCGUCGCCGAGCCCGUAAACUGCAGCCCUCUCAAGAUGGGUUACGACUAUGCGCUGGUGCACGUCAAGUACACCAUCCCUUUGGCGGGAUUACUCACUUUCAUCUCAUACCCUCUGUUUACGCGCCUCGAUGUCGUGAGGACUCUCUUCAUCGUCACAAUCGCUUUUACCGCCACGAUUCCCUGGGAUUCGUACCUGAUCAGAACCGGCAUCUGGACAUAUCCCCCAAACGCAGUGUUGGGACCGACCCUCUAUGACAUCCCAAUCGAGGAGCUAUUCUUCUUCGUCAUACAAACGUACAUCACCGCUCAGCUCUACAUUAUCCUCAACAAGCCUGUGCUUCAUGCUCAGUACCUGAACUCCCCCGCCACGCUCCCGCAAUGGAUAAAAACGGCAAAGCCUCUCGGCCAGCUAGCCCUCUUCAGCAGCGUCGUCUUAGGCGCAUGGCUGAUCGCCAAGGAGGGUGAAGGCACCUACCUGGGCCUGAUUUUGGUUUGGGCGUGCUCCUUUGCGCUUCUCACCUGGACUAUCACGGCGCAAUUCAUUUUGGCUCUGCCAUUGGCUUGCACCGCUCUACCCAUCUUACUGCCCACCAUCUAUCUAUGGGUCGUCGAUGAGAUGGCCUUGGGCCGCGGCACCUGGGCCAUUGAGAGUGGCACGAAGCUUGAACUAAAGCUUUUCGGCAGCCUCGAAAUCGAAGAAGCGACCUUCUUCCUUGUCACCAACAUGCUCAUUGUCUUUGGCGUGGCAGCCUUUGACAAGGCCGUCGCGGUCUGCGAUGCAUUCCCAGACAAGUUCGACAAGCCAGCCGACGCCCUAUCCAUGUCAUUGCUUCGAGCUCGUGUUUUCCCCUCAUCUCAGUACGACAUGGAGCGCAUCUUGGGCAUCCGCCAGGCGGUCACCAGACUGGCCAGAAAGAGUCGUAGCUUCCAUCUCGCCAGCUCCGUCUUCCCAGGCCGCCUACGGAUCGACCUGACGCUGCUCUACUCCUACUGCCGUCUAGCCGACGAUCUUGUCGACGAUGCCGAGACCCCUGACGAGGCCGCAUCCUGGAUCUCCAAACUCGACCGCCAUCUAAGCCUGCUCUACAAGGACCCCGACGCGACUUCGGCGCCGCUCGCCGCAAAGUACGCUGCCGAAAACUUUCCAGAAUCAGCUCUCUCGGCUCUGGACCUCCUCCCCUCAUCGCUCAUACCCCGCGAACCCCUCGCCGAGCUCCUCAAGGGGUUCGAGAUGGAUCUCUCCUUCAGCAAGGACACCUUCCCGAUCACGGAUCCCGAGGAUCUCGAGCUCUACGCUGCCCGCGUUGCCAGCACCGUCGGACAGGCCUGCCUCGAGCUGGUCUUCCGUCACUGCCAGCACAACCUGCCCGAUUACAUGCAAGCCUACCUCCGCAACACAGCGCGCCAGAUGGGCCUUGCGCUGCAAUUCGUCAACAUUGCGCGCGACAUUGCAGUAGAUGCCAAGAUUGGCCGCGUCUAUUUACCCACAUCCUGGCUCAAGGAGGAGGGCCUGACGCCCAAGGAUGUUCUCGCGAACCCCAAUAGCGAAGGCGCCGGCAAUGUGCGCCGUCGCAUCCUCGCAAAGGCCUUUGACCACUACGGGGAGGCGAGGAACUCCAUGAAGUGGAUUCCCUCGGAAGCGCGCGGCCCCAUGGUCGUCGCCGUGGAGAGCUAUAUGGAAAUUGGCCGGGUUCUCAUGCGCAACGGCGGCGCUGCAGCGGACGGGAAUUUGAUUCCGCACCCAGAACUGGACUUUGGGGGGAUGCAAAAGGCGCGUUUCCACGCCGCUUUCUUCGAUACUAGGUCCAAGAUGAGAUGCAAUUGUUUCGUGUUCCCCACAGAGAUCGAUCCGUCCGAUCGAAGCGUCGUAGCAGUGACAUCACGUCAAGCUCCGUGGUCCAUCCAGAUUGCUCGAGCCUCCAGGGAGCUAUCUCCUUCACCGAAAUUUGGCUGGCUCACCGAAGCCUCCAUCGACAACUGCUCAAAUCGCCAAGUUUCCCUCUUCACCCACCUCGACCCAUCCAGGGGGACAAGAUCCAGCACGUUUCCAACCCAGUUGAGCCGGUCGCUCGAAGAGCUCACUUCCACUACAUCAAAUCACAUGCGCCUUUCGUAG